AUGCGCUGCUCUGCGCGCAUCCUGACGCUCUUUUCUCUUGCACUCAUUUCGACACAGUCUUUUACGUUCGUCAGCGGUCAGUCGCCGCCGGGGACUACUGCCCCCUCUGUAGGCACAGGCCUCCCAACGUCGGUUCCCGUCCCUACGCCGUCCCCCCCGACCGUGGCGACCACUUCUCCCACUCUCGCUCCCACUCCCACUCCCACCGAGAGCCCAUCUCCUACCACGUCGCAUGCUGUCACUGAAGCCGCGAGUCCAACCACCUCAGAUGCUGAACCAUCUCCCACUACGUCUUCCUCUUCUUCCGAACAUGUAACAUCUUCAAGUCCUACAACUUCUUCUGCACCUGCUACUCACGCUACACCUUCCUCUGCGACACCCUCGACUUCAAAUGUUUCUCAGCCCACUUCCUCUACUGUUUCAAGCUCUUCUUCUUCGGCUCCUGUAGCCACUUCUCAGCCCUCGUCAUCACCCUCCUCCGCGGCUGUGUCCACUCCGACUCCUAUAACCACCACUCCUGUUCAGACGGCUGUCACGUCUACUCCUGGGGAGCCGACCCCUUCCAACUCUCCAACUACACAGGAAAUAGUUGGGAUGCCUUCAUCGAAUGAUGGACCCACUGCUAGCGACGUUUCAGGAGCCUCAGCCACGGGUGGUACAAGUUCAUCCAAAGGCUUCUUUUCAAACAAAGCUGCUGUAGCAGGAGUAUUUUCCGUUGUUGGAAUCAUCGGUGCGGCCAUCAUACUUGGUGUCAUUCUGCGAAUCGUCCGGCAUAACAGAAGUCGUCACUACGACGAUGAAGACACGCAGUAUUUCGACAAGGAGUUGGGAGCGAACGGUGGAAACUAUGGUGAUUCGCCUCAGAUCGCCGACGACAACCAAAGCGAAACAGAGGUGAUAACCAAUGCCGCUGCCGACGCCUAUCCCGACCGCACGUCUCACUACGGCUUGGGUGGUUUCGACGAUUCUCAGCCACGCGCUUCCAUUGUGGAAUAUGCCAAAGGUACUGCCUAUGCCGCUGCUCGUAGUCAAGCAGGCCCGUAUCAGUAUAGUGGCCAAUCCGUUGGCUACGCUGGUGGUUUCACCAAUGCGCACUAUCAAGGACCAUCUUCCCCAGCUGAAGUUCAUCAGUACGCCGACCCGUACAAUGUCGCUCGAAAUGCAGCGAUGGCCGCCGCAUACGGUAAUGCACAGCCGCAAACCGUCCAGUACAGACAUGGGGGCGAUCCGUAUAUGUAA